GAAAAAACAAAUUUUUUCACCCUACAAGUCACCCCAUGCAAGAAAACACUACACAUCUCAUGGACUUGUAGAAAAUCACUGGGACUUAGCGAGGCUAGAAGACAGCUCUUCUCUGUGUACCGUGAAUGACAAACUUUGGCCAAAUACUUCAUAAGAUUUUCUGUCAAACGCACACGUGGAGAGUAUUCUCAGAUUACUGAGUGCCUGGAUGGGAUCAGAAACAAAUCUCAUUGGACACAUCCACUUACCUUCUUCAGAAGAAUUUUCUUUUCUUGAUAGUUCUCAUUUAUAUGGUGUGCUUCCAGAACAAUCAGGGCACCUGGGACCUGAUGCUGAUGUCUUGCCUUAUACACAGUAUGGAAAUAUCCAGUUUUCCCAAGUUCAGCCACAGAUUUCCUCCUCACCCUAUUAUCCCAAUCUGGGCUUCUACCCCCAGCAGCCAGAGGAAUGGUACUCCCCUGGGAUGUAUGAACUCCGGCGAGUACCCUCAGAGACUGUCUACACGAGGGAGUCUGAGAUCGUGGACAUCCCGAUGACCAAGAAACCCCGGAUGAUCUCAUCUGCAGGGAGAAUGAAAGGAGAGGAGCUGUGUGUUGUGUGUGGAGACAAAGCUUCUGGAUACCAUUAUAAUGCACUAACUUGUGAGGGAUGCAAAGGUUUCUUUAGGAGGAGUAUAACCAAAAAUGCCGUAUACAAGUGUAAGAACGGUGGGAACUGUGAAAUGGACAUGUACAUGAGGAGGAAAUGUCAGGAGUGCCGACUGAGGAAAUGCAAGCAGAUGGGGAUGUUGGCUGAAUGUAUGUAUACAGGCUUGCUAACUGAAAUCCAAUGUAAAUCUAAACGACUGAGAAAAAAUGUGAAGCCAUCUUCCGAUCGGUCAGGCAAUGAAGACAAUGAAGGGUCUGACCUGAGACAGGUGACAUCGACAACCAAGUCAUACAGGGAGAAAAUAGAACUUACUCCAGACCAACAGAACCUUCUACAUUAUAUUAUGGAUGCCUACAGAAAGCAGAGGAUGCCUCAAGAAAUAACUAAUAAAAUUUUAAAAGAGGAAUUCAGUGCAGAAGAGAAUUUUCUCAUCCUAACUGAAAUGGCUACUAGUCACGUGCAGGUCCUUGUGGAAUUCACAAAAAAAUUACCAGGAUUCCAAACUUUAGACCAUGAAGAUCAGAUUGCCUUGCUGAAGGGCUCUGCAGUUGAAGCCAUGUUCCUCCGUUCAGCGGAGAUUUUCAACAAGAAACUUCCUGUGGGGCAUACUGACCUGUUAGAAGAGAGAAUUCGCAAGAGUGGUAUAUCAGAUGAAUACAUAACUCCUAUGUUUAAUUUUUAUAAAAGCAUCGGAGAGUUGAAAAUGACCCAAGAAGAAUAUGCUUUGCUCACAGCAAUUGUCAUUUUAUCACCAGACAGACAAUAUAUAAAGGACAGAGACUCUGUGGAGAGACUUCAGGAACCAUUGUUGGAAAUCCUACAAAAAUUGUGCAAGAUGUAUCAGCCUGAAAACCCCCAGCACUUUGCCUGCCUUCUGGGACGUCUCACAGAGCUAAGAACAUUUAAUCAUCAUCAUGCUGAGAUGCUGAUGUCCUGGAGAGUAAAUGAUCACAAGUUUACUCCACUCCUCUGUGAAAUCUGGGAUGUCCAAUGUUAAAUUUCAUGGUGGGGUGGGGAGGAGUCUGAUGGUAGGGAGUAGAUCACAAUUUAUUUUCAUAGGAAUAUAAAUUAGUUUUAUGACCUCUUUAUUGCAUUUGUACUUAGAUUUCACACUGCCAUUUUGUUCAGUAUUUAUGGAGUAA